AUGCGCAGGGACUGGCGGGAUGCGGUGGUGGCGGAGGAGCGGGAUGCGGGGGGCGCAGGGGGAGAGGCGUUCUGGCGGAAGGUGUGGCACCUCCCCUCCCACUCCCUCCUCGCCUCCCUCCACCACCCCCUCCCCCUCCCACUCUCCCGCCUCACUCUCUCUGAGAGCCUGGGGGACCCCCCCCUGGGUCCUGAUUCAUGUUCUCGAGCUGUCACUGCAGAUGCUUGUAACGAGGAUCGCUGGUGUGCUUGUAACGAGGAUAUCUGGUGUGCUUGUAACGAGGAUGGGUGGAGGCUGGUGGCGAGUGCGGCAGAGGACGGAUCGGUGUGCGUGUGGAGCCUGCCCCGCUGGCCCACAAGGGGGGAUGGUAGCUCAACGCCACAAGCGCUACGAGCAGGGGCAAAUGUAAGAGAAGCAGGGUCGGAAGUGGUACCAGCAGGGUCGGAAGUGGUACCAGCAGGGUCGGAAGUGGUACCAGCAGGGUCGGAAGUGGUACCAGCAGGGUUGGAAGUGGUACCAGCAGGGUUCCAAGUGGUGCAAGAAGGUUCAGCUGAGGCACUGCUAGCAGGAAGCACUUCAGAGCGCCGAGGAUUCGGAGGGACGUGCGUUGCCAUCGUGCCUUGUGCAGCCCCCUGGUGCUCGCUCUGGUUCGUGCAGGGGGCGAUGGGCGAGCAGCAGCUGUGGCAGGACCUGGAGAGGGUGGGAAGGGGCGAGGGGAACACGGAGGGAGGAGAGGGAGGAGCGGGAGGGGAGGGAGGGGAGGGCGAGAAGGGAGAGGGGGAGCAGACCGUACAAGGUGGCUUCCCUGGAGUCUUCGCGCGCCUGUGGGACGUGGAUGCUUCUGCUGUCGCUGCCCUGCUCUCCCAGGUGCGCCCUACACUCCCAGGUGCGCCCUACACUCCCACACUCCCAGGUGUGCCCUGCCCCCCUACCUGCGCCCUCCCUGCCACAGAUGCGCCCUCCCCCGAACAGGUGCGCCCCCUCCCCAACAGGUGUGUUCUCCCCCCAACAAGUGCUCCCUCCCCCCCCAGAUUCUCCACCUGGACUCCCAGCAGCUCCCAGCAGCCCCCUCCCCCCUUCCCCCCAUCCUUCUCCCCCCUGUUCCUCCAGGCCUGUCCCCCAUUCACCGACAUUCUCCAUCUGGACUCCCAGCAGCCCUGCAUCGCCCCUUACUCUGCCACUGCUGUCGUGCUGCGAGCUGAUGGACUCGCACAUGUGGGUGAGCUUUAUGCCUUUGGCAAGGACAUGAGUGCUUCUGCUGUGGUGGCGAGGCUUCGCUUGUCCUUGAGGCUCAAGCGCAAGUGGAGGCCGUUCGGGUGUUUUUGGAGCGGUUCAAAGUGGCAAGGCGUGGGCAUCAUGGCAGCAUCGCUGGCAGGGCGUUCCUUCUACCCCUCAGCUGCCUAUGCCACUCUCAAUGCCAAUGUGGAUGUCGGCCGCAUCAACGUUGUUGGCGCGGGGAAAGCGCCUCUCGAUGACUACUCUGGGCAUGAGACUGCAAAGAUGCGGUACGGCGACUACAUGUCGGCAACGAUGGACGAGGAGGGAAACGCGUGGGCGGCAGUGCAGUAUGUGGCGGGGCAACCGCGCACCGAGUGGAGCAACUGGGGCACCUUUGUCUUCAAAUGUGGAAGGCUGGGAAUGGGAUGUAUGGGCAGUGGGGCUGAUGGGUGGGGGCACUGGACAGUGAGGGGGGGUGAGGGCGAGGAGCUGGGGCGAUGCUUGAGGCAAGCAAGGAUGUGA